AACCAGCCGUGCCAAUCUUUCCCGAGCGAUUUCGUCGUUCGGUGCCUCUACUUUUUUAGACGACGUUCACCGCCCGCAUUCGAUCGAAGUUGUUUCCGUCGUGGUUGGGUUCCGCUCAUAAAUUUCACUAAGUUAUUGUUAAAUACAGCUCGUGCUGAUUCCUUAGAAAUUUGUACUAAAUUUACAGAAUUAUAAUGGCAGCAUCAGUCAGGGUUUUCGGCCGUGUCAAGGAUGGCCUAUUAGCCGGCGCACGAUUUGGCUCUAACUACGCAAAGACAAGGAAAAAUCUUGCUUUAACUGCGGAGUCGAAAGUAAUUUGCCAAGGAUUUACCGGCAAACAGGGAACUUUCCACAGUCAACAGGCUCUUGAGUAUGGCACGAAAUUGGUUGGCGGUGUAUCACCCAAGAAAGGAGGAACUACACAUCUCGGACAACCUGUUUUUGCAACCGUUCGUGAAGCCAGGGAGAAAACCAACUGUGAUGCAACGGUUCUUUACGUACCGCCACCUGGUGCUGCUAAAGCUAUUAUGGAAGCCAUCGAAGCCGAAAUUCCACUGAUUGUGUGUAUUACGGAAGGUGUGCCCCAACACGACAUGGUUCGAGUUAAACAAGCGCUCCUCUCGCAAGAGAAGUCCCGUCUUGUUGGCCCGAACUGUCCAGGAAUCAUCGCACCCGAAAGGUGCAAGAUUGGAAUUAUGCCCGGUCAUAUCCAUAAGCGUGGUAACGUUGGUGUAGUUUCUCGUUCGGGUACAUUAACUUAUGAAGCUGUAAACCAGACAACUGAGGUUGGUUUAGGUCAAACACUCUGCGUAGGAAUCGGUGGUGAUCCAUUUAACGGUACAGACUUUAUUGACUGUCUUGAAGUUUUCCUUCAAGAUCCCGAUACAAAGGGCAUUAUAUUGAUUGGUGAAAUUGGUGGCGUUGCCGAGGAAAAGGCAGCUGAAUAUUUAAAGGAACAUAAUCAGGGAGUUAAAGCCAAACCAGUCGUUUCAUUUAUAGCUGGCUUAACAGCUCCGCCCGGUCGACGAAUGGGUCAUGCUGGUGCUAUUAUUUCAGGCGGUAAGGGUGGCGCCGGCGACAAAAUUAAGGCACUUGAAAGUGCUGGAGUAAUUGUGACAAGAAGUCCGGCUCAAAUGGGAAAGGAACUUUUCAAGGAGAUGAAACGCUUAGAACUCGUUUAAUUUAAUCAUGAUCAUUGUUUUAGAUGUGCAUGUGCAUACGUCAUCAUACAUUUCAAGAAUAAACUAAAGUAAGUCACGUAAAUGAUCAUAUUAUUCCAUGUCAAAAAACUAUGUAACUAGGAAAAGACAAUGUCAAGCAAUGAUAGCGGCCCUUAAGAAAAUGUCCUCUCAUUUCACCACAUUAUAACUGCCAAGAAACCAGAUUUUGAUAAACGGUGUUGAAAUUUAAUCGGAAAAUUGAACAUUAAAAUGCCCGCUUACCGAAUUGCAGGCACUUCCGCUUUAACAGA